UACACUAUUUUAUUCAAUUUUGCAUUUGGAUGCACAAUGCAAAUCGAUAACUCGAAAGAUAAACAACCGAAAAGAAGGAAAAACCGAACAUGGGCCGAGGCUGCGAAGAUAGUAUUGGAGAGAAAUGCACAGAUUCCUAUGAGCUACAAAGCUAUUCUACAAGCAAUCCAAGAUGAUAACUUAAAGGAUAUCAGUGGGUCUGUGCCCUUGGCAUGCCUAAAUUCCUGUCUCCAUGCGUACUCCAGAGGAAAAGAUUCUGUCUUCUACAAGGUGGCCGGAAGAUCAGGGGUGUAUGGACUAAUGGGUGAUCGACCCAGUGGUUCUACACUUCAUGAAGUACCAGAAGAGAAUGAAGACGAUGAUGGCAGGGACCGACCCUUCAAGGAACGCAGGAAGGAAAAUGUGAUGUUUGUAAGUUUACCUUCCUGGGUAAAAACAAUUCCUCCAUCAGAAGACGAUGAUGAACAAUCUAAUGGUGAUGCAGAUGAUGUAGUAGAGCCAGCAGACACUAAGGAAAGCCACCACACAUCCUCAUCUGUGUCGUCAGGGACAAGCAUAUCCUCGCAUGUCAACCACACCCUGAGACGAAGUAUGCGACAGUCUUUACGCCAAAAACAGAAGAAGAAACAAAACGACUAUCCCAGAAUCAUUAUAAAACCUAUUCCACCUCCUGACAAGGAGAAAGAAGUAAAGACUGUCAAAGAUGGAAAUACAGAAAUGGAAUCAGAAAACGAUGGCAGUCUGCAAAAUGGUGAUAGCAAAUCUGACAGCUCUGACAGUGGUAAAUCACCAGCACCGUCUUCAAAGCGUCCUCAGACUAUGAGAGAAAUACUGGCUGGGAUUCCUGGAUUUAGUAUGAAGCCCCGAAGGAGGCCUCAUAAAAAGUUAAGCCAUGCUGCACAAAUUGCCCAAACAAAAGAAGGCUGUAUUGAUUUGGAAACUCCAGACUCCAUUCUUUGUAAUACAAACCUAAGAAAUUUGAUAGACAAGAGAAUGUUCUCCAAACUGCCAAGCCAGUACCAAUACAAACUAUUACAUUUUUUACCUGAAUGUGACAGAUAUGUGGGACAGGACAACACUCUUCGGUUAAGUAGCACAGCAUUGAACAAUGAAUUUUUCAAUAAAUCCUGCCAGGAAUGGAUUGAAAGGCUCUCGCAGGGAGAGUUCACACCAGAAAACCAGAUGCGUAUAAAGCAGGAAGAAGAGAGGGAGCUAAGUAAACUGGAUCCUUGGAAGGCAAAACAUUUUGAGGAAAUGUGGGGGAAAAGAAAUGUUGGGUAUGAAGUUCCAAAAGCAGACCUUCCAUCACCAGUCACUCCUGCCUCUCCUGUGAAGACAAAACUGAAGAAAGCCACACUUGUCUCCACUAUGUUGAAACAGCGAUCAAUAUUUCAGACUGUGGGAAGCUCUUCAGAUGGUGCUGGUCAAGGUGGCCUACUGAUGAAAGUGACCACUGUUAAACAUGCAAUCAGUAACAAUGACCCACAUAAAACUCUCAAAAGGUCGCUGUCAAUGCCUGUUGACCCUGAAGGUCACAGGGUUCUCAACAGUGUGAGCCCAGCAAAACGUCAGAAAAACCCAUCCUUGUCUGAGGAUGUGAUUGUAGAUGUUGUGUCAUCACCAGAAAAGAAUGUUCCCCAAGUGUACAGUCCUACACGUGUUGUAGGGACUAAGCCUGUCAAAUCGGUGACAAUUGUUGAGCCUGCUGUGACACAGACAAAACAUGUUUCGCUACUGAAUGCCAUCUCUACCUCACCACCUUCAGUACCUUCUCACACUCUGCAUGUGACAACUCCAACCAAAGCCAACACCACCCCACAGGCCACACUGGCACAUACUUCCAGGUCUCCUGGUCUGGUAGGAGGGCCAACACCAGGUGUGGCAGUCAGAUCUCCACCACAGACUCGUACUUUGGCACAAAUCCGUGCCCAGAACACUCGUGGGCAGACAAGAACACUUGCACAGAUUAAAGCACAGACAAAAGCUAAGCAACAAUUACGAGAGCAUUUACAUCAACAGCAGCCAGAAACCCAAGCCAAACUGCAAGCUCACCUCAUUGCUAGGGGUCGUAUACCUGCUAGUGCCAUCAGUUCUACAGGAAGUUCUACAGGAAGCAGACAUGUGCCAAACAUUAUAAUGCCAGCCCCUGGUCGACCUAAACAGCUGCAGUCUGUUAAGGCAGUUAGUUCUGAAAAUAUCUCCAAGGGUACAACAUCUACUUCGGAUGUAGGGUCAGACGGAGUUAAUAUGAAGCGUUCUUUAGAAAUAAUGCAGAAAGCUGCCCAAGAAGGAGGAAAAGAUAAUGUGAAUAUAAAGAGGUCGUUAGAGAUCUGUCAGAAGGUCAUGGAGAGAACACAGGCAACAGGAGUAUCUCAAUCUAAUAUUGGAAUCUCAACCACAGUGACAGGUACAGCAGACAGUUCUACUACUCUCCCCAAAAUACUGGGACAUGCGCAAAGUGGUACUAAAGGGAUAAGUGUGACGGGACAAGGUCAGUUAAGUGCCUCAAAGCUUCUGUUUUCCAAUGUGUCAACUAGUGGCACUUCAUCUAGUGAGCAAACAUUGCAAGGCCAGACAGUAAGCUCUCCUGUGAUGGUCAACAUAGCUAAGGUUAGAACUGUAGGAACUGGCGUGCAGGGUUUAUCCAGCGUCAACAAUGAUACAUCGUUGGUUUUGACAUUGCCCCAAAACACAGCUCUCCGAUCAACAGUUUCACAAACUGCCACUGUGCUGACAUUGCCAGGGUCCAAUACAAAAGUGUUGCUGCCUGCUGGUAUUCCAACCUCAGCAGUAACUCCAUCUAGCCUAGCACAGAUUCUCAAUGCCCAUCAGGCAGGAAAUAACACAAUUAGUAUCCAGCCCUCUCGUGCUGCAAGUGCUCCCCCACAGAAUCUUCUUGUCAACUCCAAUGUUCAAACUCUGGUGAGGUCUGCUAGUGCUGGAGGUCAAGUAUCCACAGAAGCAGAUGGGACAGUAAUUACCCCAAACCCUCUAGAACCUGUCAAUCAGGAAGUGCGUGUAAUUUCUCCAGAUCAGGUGAAUUUUUUAUCCAAGACUGGCACUGCUACUGCUCCAGGUCGUAAAACGCCUCAUACCACUGUGUUACCUCUGACUAUGUUAACACAAUCACGACCUGAGGCCACCGCUCCGUCCCCAAACAGUGGUGGCUCUGCAGGCCCGGGCAAGGUUUCCCCGGCCGAGCGAGUGAAAAAAAUAGUGGUUUGCAGUGCCAAGCAAAUUGUGAAUAAUCCUUACAUCAUUAAGAGUAUUGAGGCCCAUGUGCAGAACAAGGCUAACAGUCAAGCGGCUGCUGCUGCAGCAGCUGCCAACAAUCAGGCUAAAAAGGUCCACUGUAACAUAGUACCAUAUGUUUCUGCACAGACAAGUAAAUCGGUGGUUUUGCCCACAGGAGGAUUGUCAGGUUCUGGUUUGCCAUCAACCAUGGACAAUGUGUCCAAUAACUGUGCUUGUAGCUUGAAAGCUAUGAUCAUGUGUAAAAAGUGUGGAGCAUUCUGCCAUGAUGAUUGUAUUGGACCCUCCAAUCUUUGUGUUACAUGUUUGAUAGCAACGUAACAGUUGAAAUAUAUAACAAAUUGUGUCAAACUGGACUGAGAUUAUGUGUACUGUACCAUGUUUAAAGUAAGGAACUGAUAUAUAUAGGCUAACCUUAUAUAUGACUCAUCAUUUCAUUCUGAAAACAAAUUAUCUUCACAAAAAUUGUCUGAAGUUGUGUUCAAAAAGAUAUCUCAUGACCCGAUUAUUUAUUUGUUGACUUGGUGUAUAGAAUGAUGGAUUUUGUUUCUAGUUACACAAUAUCGUCAGUGACUUGUUUACGGUAAGACAAUUCCAAGUUACAUGAUGAAUUUUGGUUUAACCUUAGUCACUGCUUGGAGAUGAACCCUGUAAUGAUACAACAACAAUUGUAUUUUCAUGUUCUUUAACUCUUUGAUCGGUUUUUAAUUAGCUUGAUUUUGAAGAAGAUUUUUUUUACUAUUACAUGAAAUGGUUAGGUAAACUCUCAGAACUAGUUUUGAAAUAUCUUGAUGUAAUUAUGGAAACAAAUUUUGUCAAAAUUGAAUGAACAUAUCAACUUUGAAAUUGUGAAAUGACCACAAAUGAUACCAAAUUAUGAAUAUAUGUAGAUUAUGAAUGUUUGAUCUGUGAUUAAUUACAAGGAGAAAUCUUUCCUACUUGUAAUCCCCACUGCUAUUUUCUGAAAUUCUCUCUAUACUUAAGAUUGUAAAUUUGCUGUUGUUAGGCUAAUGUUGUAUUAACGAAUUAGUAUGUAUUUUGAUAUAGUAAUUAAUCUCUUGUAUUUAAAAAGCAUGAAAUUAGGACAUUUUGAUAUUUUGUAUUUGAAGAGUAGGGAACGGAAAAUUUCAAAUUUUUUAAAAGAAUCAUAGGUAAAUAUCAAAUUAAUAUGAGUAGGAAAGUUAACUCCUUUUUUAACCUUUAGACAUAACUCUGUGCUAAAAUUUCAUCAAAUCUUUCAGCUUGGCAUCAAUAUAUACUUACUACUUCUCAACACAAAGAUGUAUCAGUCUCAACUGACUUGUAUCAAUCUGACCUCUAGUGAUGUAAGGGUCAGAAUGAGGGUAGUCUCCCUGUAUCAAUCUGACCUCUAGUGAUGUAAGGGUCAGAAUGAGGGUAGUCUCCCUGUAUCAAUCUGACCUCUAGUGAUGUAAGGGUCAGAAUGAAGGUAGUCUCCCUGUAUCAAUCUGACCUCUAGUGAUGUAAGGGUCAGAAUGAGGAUAGUCCACCUGUAUCAAUCUGACCUCUAGUGAUGUAAGGGUCAGAAUGAGGGUAGUCUCCCUGUAUCAAUCUGACCUCUAGUGAUGUAAAAGUCAGAAUGAGGAUAGUCCACCUGUAUCAAUCUGACCUCUAGUGAUGUAAGGGUCAGAAUGAGGGAAGUCUCCCUGUAUGUAAGGGUGAGAAUGAGGGUAGUCUCCCCUUAUCAAUCUGACCUCUAGUGAUGUAAGGGUCAGAAUGAGGGUAGUUCACCUGUAUCAAUCUGACCUUUAGUGAUGUAAGGGUCAGAAUGAGGAUAGUCCACCUGUAUCAAUCUGACCUCUAGUGAUGUAAGGGUCAGAAUGAGGAUAGUCCACCUGUAUCAAUCUGACCUCUAGUGAUGUAAGGGUCAGAAUGAGGGUAGUCUCCCUGUAUCAAUCUGACCUCUGGUGAUGUAAGGGUCAGAAUGAGGGUAGUCCACCUGUAUCAAUCUGACCUCUAGUGAUGUAAGGGUCAGAAUGAGGGUAGUAUCCCUGUAUCAAUCUGACUUCUAGUGAUGUAAGGGUCAGAAUGAGGAUAGUCUCCCUGUAUCAAUCUAACCUCUAGUGAUGUAAGGGUCAGAAUGAGGGUAGUCUCCCAGUAUCAAUCUGACCUCUAGUGAUGUAAGGGUCAGAAUGAGGGUAGUCUCCCAGUAUCAAUCUAACCUCUAGUGAUGUAAGGGUCAGAAUGAGGGUAGUCUCCCAGUAUCAAUCUGACCUCUAGUGAUGUAAGGGUCAGAAUGAGGGUAGUCUCCCUGUAUCAAUCUGACCUCUAGUGAUGUAAGGGUCAGAAUGAGGGUAGUCUCCCUGUAUCAAUCUGACCUCUAGUGAUGUAAGGGUCAGAAUGAGGGUAGUCUCCCUGUAUCAAUCUGACCUCUAGUGAUGUAAGGGUCAGAAUGAGGGUAGUCCACCUGUAUCAAUCUGACCUCUAGUGAUGUAAGGGUCAGAAUGAGGGUAGUCUCCCUGUAUCAAUCUGACCUCUAGUGAUGUUAGGGUCAGAAUGAGGGUAGUCUCCCUGUAUCAAUCUGACCUCUAGUGAUGUAAGGGUCAGAAUGAGGGUAGUCUCCCUGUAUCAAUCUGACCUCUAGUGAUGUAAGGGUCAGAAUGAGGGUAGCCCACCUGUAUCAAUCUGACCUCUAGUGAUGUAAGGGUCAGAAUGAGGGUAGCCCACCUGUAUCAAUCUGACCUCUAGUGAUAUAUUGAUCAGAGAUAGAUAAAGAUGCAAGGUUUUUAUUCUGCUAAUAUAUCUAUUAAUUGUUCACAGUGAGGUCAACGAUAAAAAAUAUCCAUGUUUUAUUUUUAAACAGGGGGACAUAAAUAAAAAAUUAUGAUAUCAAAAUGAGAAGGAACAUCUGAUCUAAUUCACUGUCAAUUUUUCAAUUUUACUUCACUACAAAUUACUUUUAGGAAAUAAGACCUUCAUUAUAUCAGUACAUUUUGAAUUCAGAUUAUGAUAUUAUAAGCCAUCAGUAUGACACAGGAGUAUAUACAGCUUGUACUUGUGCUAGCUUUCUGUAUGUAACAUGACCAGCAUCAUGGUAUUGUUUUCUUUGUAACAUGUAAGUGUUAAAGCAUACAACUGGAGCCCUGCUAUAGUCAUUGUAACAUAUCACCACACACAACAAGGCCAUUGUUACUGCAAGGUAGCAUGUUUAUUUUCUGGGUAUGUCAAUGUUACCAACAGUAACAUGUAUGACCAGGGCCUUGACAUUGUUAUAAACAGUAACAUGUAUGAUCAGAGCCUUGACAUUGUUACCAACAGUAACAUGUAUGAUCAGGGCCUUGUCAUUUUACCAACAGUAACAUGUAUGAUCAGGGCCUUGACAUUGUUACCAACAGUAACAUGUAUGAUCAGGGCCGUGACAUUGUUACCAACAGUAACAUGUAUGAUCAGGGCCUUGACAUUGUUACCAACAGUAACAUGUAUGAUCAGGGCCGUGACAUUGUUACCAACAGUAACAUGUAUGAUCAGAGCGGUGACAUUGGUACAAACAGUAACAACCAUAUUGGAGGAUUUCCUGACUUUUCCAAGGUGGGGAUUGGCAUUUGAUAAUAUAGAAACUUAAAGUGGUAAGAGAAAAAUAAUAGUUUACCCCCACAGGGAUGAGAUGGGGUGAUAUCAGCUUAAUUUGGCGUCACUCAUCAGUCUUUGAGUUUUUCAACCAAAGAAUCUUUCCCCUGGGUUGUUUUAACCCUGUCUCACCCCCAAUGAGAAACGAGAUUCAUUAGUCAUAUCUCAAUAUAUAUGUACCAUAUAUGACAAGUGCUGUGCUGUGUUAUUAGGUUAUUUACAUUAUGGGCGCAAUAAUAAAACCACUGAAAGUCAUUAGUAUAUAACUAUGGUCUUUACCAGCAGAAAGGACCAGGAGCCAUGUUAUAGAAGCGAGUCAUGAAACAAUUGUGUGACAUUGUUCAAUGUUUUCAAGUGUAUUAUGUUAUCACAGGUAUAAGCGUCAUCUGUCAAUAUCACACUCAUUCCAUGAAAUUGACAUUGUAGAAUUAGUGUAGUGAGAGAUUAGUCUAAUACCUGUGCUUUUCUGUUUGUUUAAACGACCCACAUUAUUGAAAGUCGUAAAAACUGUUAGAUCUUGCAAAAUUAAGUAACACUAACACUGCAUUACAGAUUUACUAAAAUCUACCAGAUUUAGAAAAUGAAGAUGUUCAUUGCAAUGAAAUAUAUAUCUUGAUUUUGUUCAUCAUUGUUUAACAUCAUAUGCACUUUGUAAAUUAUGGUCUAUUGAUGCAAAGAUUUUAUGAGUCCUGAGAUAAAAUGUUGAGGUGUUUUAAGGAAUGCUUCGAGUGUGUGUUGCUGCUAUGUGAUGUUGAAAGAAGAAUAAACGGUCAGAUAAAGUCUCACCAUGAAUCUGAUGGUCUACCUCAACACGGGAGAGUCUACAUGAUUGAGAUAAAAACGUGACAGAUUGUAUUUUCAGAAUAACAUUUUAUGUAUGUGUAGUUGAAUAUUGCAGUUUAACAUUGACUGUUUUAUUAAGUAAAUGUACAGACUAAGUUGGACAA